AUGCUCUGUGUGCUCGUCGCGGCGCACGUACCCGCCGCGACGGCGGAAUUCAACCCCGCGCUCGCCACUCUCGCCGCAAAUCCCGAGCAUGACGGCCUAGUACUCGCCACGGGUAAGGCUCUCACAGGAGACGUGCGCGAGGACGCGGAUGUGAUUAUAACGAACCGCGCUCUCGUGGCGGAGGGCGGAGAGUCUACGCAUGCGCGCGCUGUUCGCGUUCUGGCGGAGCAGGACUUUCUCUCCCCCGGGGAAGCAGGAGACGCUGCGCUGGCGGUGGAGGAGUAUAGGCGGAGCCUGAAAAAGAACAAGGGCAAGAAGGGGAAGAAAUGCAAGAAGGGAAAGAAGGGGAAGAAAUGCAGGAAGGCCAAGAAGGCGAAGCAGGCCAAGAAGGCGAAGAAGGCCAAGAAGGCCAAGAAGGCCCUAAAGGCGAAGGCAAAGAAGCUGAGGAAGCAGGCCAAGGCUCUGAUCGCCAAGGCUAAGGCGCUUGAGAAGAAGGCCAAGCAGUCGUGUCCCUGGCUUGAUGGGGCGAUGGGGCCUCGGUGCUGGUGGGAGAGGGGAGAGGGGAGAGGGGACGAGGAGGAAGAGGAAGAGGAAGAGGAGGAGGAAUGGCACAUGAGGAACGGGACAGCUUGGGUUACGGAUAAAAGGAAAUUGGAGGAAGAGAAACGGUGUUAA